GUUCAUUUGGUAUAUUUUGUAGGUUCAGCUUGCGGUCACACUGCACGCAAUAUACACAUACCCAAAAUUGCAAGUACGCCAAAAGUAUUUACUAUUUAUUUUGCUAUUCAAAAAAAUGGAUAACUCGAUGGAGAAGCGAGGAUCCAAUGGCAAUGCUAACUUUAACAAUAUGACAGAUGAGCAAUUGCAACAGUGGCACACAGCAUUCCUAACGGAGGCGCAACGUGAGAAUUAUGUGAACCAUAAUUUGGAAAUAGUUCGUCACUAUCGAACCGAAGCGAUUGCUCGAGCCCCUGCCUUUGAUAUUGAACGCAAUGCGAUCAGUGCAGCAAUCGCCCGCCACGGUCUUUGGAUGCCGCCGCCCCCCAACAGUGUGUCGCAAUCCGAAAGCAGUCCGCAAUGCACAAUGACAUCAACAGCUGCAGCUGCAGCAGCAUCAUCGCAGGAGGAGGGACAACCGCCGCCACAGCGAAGACCCCGCAUUGAGCAGCCCCAAACCCAGCAGCAACAGCAGCAGUUGCCAUGCGAUGUGGCAGCCAGCAGGGGCAGCGUCAGUGGCGCAAGUGCAUCCAACUAUGGUCACUAUGUUGCCUUGGCCCACAUCUUCUCCGACACAUAUGCGACACGAGCGGAGCCAGUCAAUGGCAUUAUUAACAAUGUCAAUGCUAAUUCGAAUGCUAAUACAAAUGCCAAUAGAAAUAAUAGUAAUAAUAAUGCUGACGAUGAUCGAGAGGAUUCGAAUAUUAAUGAAGUUGCGUUAACGGAGACGAUCGAUAGCCUGGGCUUGCGUCGCACUUAAUAGUCGGAACUAUACAUAUAUAUAUUAAUAUAUAAAAUUAUUAACUAUUCACAUUUAAGAAUGAUAUUUAUUCAUAAACAAAUUGUUAAAAGAUCAGCAUGUGCAACAUAUUGAUUAGAUCGUAUCUAAUAAUUUAUAUUUAAAUGUAGUUUACCAAAAAAAAAAAACAAAAAGGCGAAUAUUUGUAAAUAAUAUCAGUUGAUGUUUUGUAUAUAGUGCAUUUUAAACAUAGUUGUGUAGCAUUUAAGCUUAGAUUAUCUACAUACAUAAUAAUUAUUAACCAGCAGAUUAUUGUGUACAUAUAAACUAUAUAUACUACAACAAAAUAUAUAGCAACAUAUGACAUCUCAAAUGAAUUCUGAAUUUGUGAAUUUUC